AUUGAUUGUCCUGUAUGUAUUAUUAACGAUAUAUUCAAGAGAAUUCUUUGAGUGGUGCUUUCCCAAUACAUAGUUCAUUUGUAUAUGUUUGGAAUAUAAUUAUAGUCUAAUAAGUCUGCCAAUUUUGCACUCCACCUACUUGACGUUUGGUAGACGUUGAACAAUUGCAAAAUUAAACAGUAAUAUUCAAGUUAUUUUUACUAACACAGCACUCGACACUAUCACUUCAGUUGCUUUGCAUUUCUCUUCAGUAAUUCAGUUGCAGAGGCCAUGGAGAAGCCAAAAGUUUUAGUCACGAGAUGUGAUGUUCCAGAGCCCGCUUUGAAGAAACUACGAGACCUGUGUGAAGUGGACAUUUUUGAAGGUGCUUAUCCGAUUCCUCGCGACCAACUCAAGGCCAGAGUUGCAGGAAAAGAUGGACUGUUUUGUUUCCUCACAGACCCCAUCACCCCCGAAAUAUUGGACGCCGCAGGAAGUUCGCUGCGUUCGAUCAGUACGAUGUCUGUGGGUUAUGAUCAUCUCGAUAUUGAAGAAAUGACAAAACGAGGAAUCAAAGUCGGCCACACGCCGUUCGUGUCGACCGACGCCGUGGCAGAGCUGACGGUGGCGCUGCUGCUGGCCACCUCGCGGCGCCUCCUGCAAGCCAACGCUGAGAUUACAAAUGGAGGCUGGGCUCAGUGCGUGUGGGGCCCCGUGUACAUGCUGGGCAAGGGACUGACAGGGUCGACGGUGGGAAUAUUCGGUCUUGGGAGGAUUGGUCAGGCUGUGCUCAAGAGACUCAGUGGCUUUAGUGUUGCCAAGUUCCUCUACGCGGACUUCGUGGAGCAAAAACUUGACAGCAGUUUCCCUCCGGCCGAGUUUGUGAGCUUCGAGCGACUGCUCCAGGAGAGCGACUUCGUUAUUUGCAUGGCGUCACUGACUGACCAAACGCGUGCCAAGUUCAACAAGGAAGUCUUCACCGCCAUGAAGAACUCGGCGGUCUUUAUCAACGCGUCCAGAGGAGGGCUUGUAGACCAAGAUGCGUUGGUCUGGGCCCUACAAACAGGCCAGAUCUGGGCCGCUGGUCUGGACGUGAUGAACCCAGAGCCUCUGCCCGCCGACCACGUCCUCAACACCCUCCCCAACUGCACGUUGUUGCCACACAUCGGCAGCUCAGUGGAGAGCGCGCGCUUCGCCAUGGCGGAACUUGCUGCGGACAAUCUUAUUGGAGGCCUCUUCAAAGACAAACAAAUGGUCCAUUCUGUCAACUAAACUAUGUUAGCUGUCAAUCGGGACCAUCGCAACGGGCCUGUCAGCAACGGUGCCCAUAAUAAAGGCCGAAUUAUCAGUACCGGCGAUGAAUGUUAGCAGAAUUAUUUUCCGCCAUUCGAGGGCUGCUUCGCUACACUCAAUAUAACUCUAUAUUUCCCUGCUUAACGCCAUUUGUUUAUAGCUUUUAUCUUUUUAGUCCCUUUUAGUUGUUUACUGGUCUGACCCUACUAAUCCCCUACUAACGCCUGGAGUUAGCUGGUAAAACCCUGCUAACUCUUAGAUAACGAUAACAGUAGUUCACUUGUCUUACACUAUUAAGAAACCCUCUUCCAACGACAAAAGAUGUUCAGUUGUUUGGCACUGCUGAUCUUUUCCGAACGCCUUGAGUUGUUCACGGGUCCAACUUUGUUAACCCAUAUAUAACGCCAGCAGUUGUUAAUUGAUAUAUACUUUUGUUAAUCACUUCAGCUGAUAUGAGUCUUUAAUUCCUAUUGUGAACGUCAAUCAACCUUAUUUACGUGGCCAUUCCAGCGAAUACGAACAGAAAAUACCAGGGUUCGUAAAUUACUGUCUCGCACAUCAGAUAACCCAGUCGCCAGUAAACAUAUGAUUAUGCUAAAA